GCCUCAUAAGCAGUGAGCGUUGGCCCAAAUAAAGAAAAUGAGCGACCCCUUGAGCGUCACAGCAAGUAUAAUAGCAGUACUGCAACUGGCAAACACAGCAACCCAGUACAUCAAAGAUAUCAAGCAUGGCUCCUCCGACCGAAUGCGACUUCGCGAUGAGCUGCGGGGCACUGUCUGCCUGCUUGAAAUGCUCCAAGACCGGAUCGAAGACUCGGACAGUACACAUGACACGGGCGAGGGAUUGAAGGCCACGUCCAUCACGGCACUUGCUGGCUCUGAUGGCCCGGUGAAUACUUUUAAGCGAGUGCUGGAAGAAAUCGUUGCGAAGCUUGCGCCACAAGAUAGGUUGCGUCAGCUGUCGCGGCAUUUUUCGUGGCCUUUUGACAAGAAGGAGAUUGUGGACAUGCUUGGUUCGUUGGAGCGACUGAAAAGUCACUUUAAUUUGGUCAUGCAGAAUGAUCUGGUAGAACUGGGGAAGCUAUCAAAUCUGAAAAUCGACAACUUGGGCCAGAAGAUGGAGAACCUCGAUGCCAGAUCGCAAGGGAGAGAGACACAGAAAAUUAUCGACUGGGUCAGUCCCAUUUCCUUUCGUGCAAGGCAAAUUGACACAUUGGAAAGCGUCCAGCCUGGAACAGGCAUGUGGUUCCUCCAGCAUCAGACAUUUCGUAGCUGGAUGAACGGCGAUAUUGAGAUGCUCUGGUGUCCGGGAAUACCCGGAGCUGGCAAGACCAGACUCAUGUCUUUGGUGAUUGAUCAUUUCGAACGACAAAUUCCUUCCCCUAGCACGAAAUGCACAUAUAUUUACUGCGACUACGGCCGACGCAAGGAGCAGACACAUACUAUUCUGCUGGCAGCCUUGCUUCAACAGGUACUCCAGGAUUCCGCGGGUGACACCCUGCUGGCAGAGGCUUCAUCCCUAUACGAGAUGCACAAGAAAUACGGCACCCGACCAACUCUAGCACAGGUUACGGAUGUAUUCCGAAAGGCAGUAGCGCAGUUCAAUGGGUUCUACGUAAUCAUUGAUGCCCUGGACGAAUGUGCCGAAACCGACGAAGAUGCCAUUCAGUUCGUCUCGAUUCUUCGGUCGAUCGACCCCAGUAUCAAGCUCUUAUGUACUUCGAGAUUCUCAACUUCCUUUGAGCGUUAUUUUAGCGGUUCCAAAAGGUUGGACAUAUCAGCUCAAGGUGAGGAUAUAAGAAUAUACCUUGACCAGCAGAUAGCGCAGCAGCACCGGCUCAAGAGGCACGUACACGCCGAUCCCCGGUUGAAAGAUGAGAUCAUUGAGACCAUCAUCGGAGAGUCUCAGGGGAUGUUCUUAUUGGCAAAGCUUCACGUGGAGUCUCUCUCCACAAAGAUAAACCGGAAAGAGGUGCGACGUUCUCUAAAGAUUCUGCCUCCAACUUUAGAUGCCACAUAUCUGAAUGCGCUGGAGAGGAUAUACAGCCAAUCAUCAGUUGACAUUAGCCUUGCGGAGUCUGUGUUGUUCUGGGUCAUUUGUGCCAGAAGGCCACUUGGUAUCCUGGAGAUACAACAUAUGUACGCCACUCAAGAGCUUCCAGAAGACGAAGGCCUUGAAGAAGAUGAUCUACCCGAUAAGGAAAUUUUGACAAGCGUAUGUGGCGGGCUCAUCCUCAUCGAUGGGGAGUCACAAACGGCCCGUGCUGUCCAUUAUACGGCUCACCAGUACUUGGAGAGGACCCAGGUUCAAAAUAUUGCUAAGGCGAGAUUGAGUCUGACGCGAAUAAGUUUGAAAUACUUGACACUCCCCAACUUCUCAGGUGGUGUUUGCACAACCGAUAAGAGUAUGUCCGAUCGCCUGGAACAAUAUCCUUUUCUCGAUUAUGCGGCCAGGUAUUGGGGCUCUGAGGCUUCUCAGCUGGACGAAGAAUUACCUUUGCUAGAUUUCCGCAAGUUCACCUCGAAUGCAACUUGUGUGGAGAUUACUAAUCAGGUCUGGAGCGUUUCUGGGGCUCAUUACCUCAACUGGAGCCAGGAAUUCCCUAGACGUGUACCUGCUUUCGUCCUCGCCUCUGCCUUUAAGCUUCCAAGAACAAUCCGACAGAUGGUACUCGAUGGUCACGAAAUAGAAAGCAAAGGGACUGAUUGCGAGACCGCGCUCAUCCGUGCAGCUGCGUUGGGCCAGACAGAGAAUGUCCGGGUCCUUGUUGACCUGGGCGCCGCAGUGAAUGCGCGAGAUUACAAGGAUGAGACGGCUCUCUUUAAAGCCGCGAAGAAUGGAAAGGGAAAUAUUGUAAGAAUCCUGUUGGACGGUGGUGCCGAUGUACAUACAAAGGCGCCAAGUGACUGGACCGCCCUCAUGUCUGCUGUUUCCGGCGGUCAUUUCGAUGUCGCUCGAAUGCUGGCUGAAGCAGGAGCAGAUCUGAUGGCUGAAACGACGUGGGGUGAUUCUGCCCUGAGCAUUGCGGCACGUACCGGUCAAGAGGCUAUUGCCAUCUAUCUUGCUGAUUCUGGUGUGACCCUUCCCAAUGGGCCAGCCGGACGCCGUUCAGCUGUUGCAGCUUCCCGUAGAGGCUUACAACAGCUUGCUAAUCGCCUCACAGCAGAUUAUGACGCUAUUGCACACAGGCCUCUGCCACGACAAAGCUCGAGGAUAAUGGAUGGACUGCCAGAAAUCGAAGAGACUGCUCACAGAGCAGUCUCGACACGUGUGCAAAAUGACACCUCAAAUGAUGACUUUUCUGAACUAAUGCAAAGCCUGGGAUACAAAAUAGGCUUCUCUAAAACGUACUCUCUCGGCAAAUCCUUGGGCAAGGGCCACUUCGCAGAGGUGUUUGUCUGUUCCAAUAGAGUAACGAACGUAAGGUAUGCUGUCAAGAUUUUUACGCGCGGUCCUACCAACUGGACCGUUGACGAAGUUCAUUCUCUGAGACAAGAGAUCGAUAUCCUACAAGAGAUACGAGAUAAUCCUAUAAGAAACACUUUGACAUUGAUGGAAACAUUUGCUGAGUUUACUGAGGGAAAGAUCUAUAUGGUCAUGGAGCUCACAAUGGACGGAGAGCUUUUUCACUAUAUAAUAGAAAAGGGCCAUUUGACUGAGAUGGAAACAAGACACUUAUUUCUACAAUUGCUUUCGGCCAUUCAGUCCCUGCAUGAUCGAGGAUGGGUGCACCGAGAUAUAAAACCCGAGAAUAUUUUACUAUCCGACAAGCAGAAUCUCACUAUAAAACUUGGAGACUUUGGCCUGACUAAAAAGAUCAACAGUGAACCAAGGGCCUCAGGAUAUACUGCCACCCUUUGUGGCACACCAAGCUACGUGGCCCCAGAAAUCCUUCAGCCGACUUCCCACCGAAGAUAUGGAUCUGCUGUUGACAUCUGGUCUGCAGGAGUUGUCCUCUACAUUUGCUUAUGUGGAUUUCCGCCGUUCUCCGAUGAGCUUUAUACGCCCGAGAAUCCAUACACGCUCGCGCAGCAAAUAAAAAUGGGUCGGUUCGAUUAUCCAUCACCCUAUUGGGAUCCUGUCGGAGAUCCAGCCCUGGACCUGAUUGAUAGAAUGAUUCUUGUAGAUGUGGAUAAGAGGCUCAAAGCUAAAGAGUGUCUUUCCCAUCCAUGGAUGACUGGCGUCCUCCCAGUCAACUGACCCGGCUUGGGGUUUUGGGGGGUGUGGUUCGUAUGCAAUGUAUGCAGGUCGUGACUAUCAAUUAAAUCAACCGGAAUGUCAUUGAUGCCCCCUUGUUACUACCUAUCAACUUGAUCUUUGAUAGUAGAUAGCCACCUAUGAGUGAAUUAUUUUUGAUACCU